AUGAAUAAAACGCAUAAAGGAAAAGAAAGAGGAAAAAGGAAGUUAUUUGUGAAAAUAUCGCGAGAAAUUGGGGAGAGAUUAGAGGUAGUUGAGGAUAAGGUGCACGGAAGUGCUGAGGUGGAGGAAAACGACAAGAGCGGUCGCCAAAUGGGAAGUCGGGUCAUGACUGACAAGCUGUCAGUCCAGGCUGUAUACCUGGCGCGCGGCUGA